CCUCACUCGCACCAUUGACGACGCGCUUUCGCGACCCUCAGCACACGCCCAUCGCACUCCCUUUGCGCCUCUGCCCGCAGCAGCCCGCCAUGUCGUACACCUACACUCCCAAGGCGCGGGUCCAGAAGCCUGCGCCGCACUUCGCCGGCACCGCCGUGGUCGACGGCAUUUUCGAAGACUGCAGCCUGACCCAGUACACGUCGACCAAGCAAUGGCUCGUCCUCGCAUUCAUCCCCAUGGCCUGGACCUUCGUGUGCCCGACCGAGAUCAUCGCCUUCAGCGACCGCCACGACGACUUCGCCAAGCGCGGCGCCCAGGUCGUCUUCGCAAGCACCGACAGCGAGUACAGCCUGCUGGCCUGGACGAACGCGAACAAGAAAGACGGCGGCCUCGGCAAGAUCCACAUCCCGCUGUUAGCAGACAAGAACCACCAGGUGAGCAAGGACUACGGCGUCCUGAUUGAGGAGGAGGGCAUUGCGCUGCGCGGACUGUUCUUGAUCGACCCCCAUGGCAUUAUCCGACAGAUUACCAUCAACGACCUGCCCGUCGGCCGUAGCGUGGACGAGACGCUUCGUCUGAUCGACGCCUUCCAAUUCACCGACAAGUACGGCGAGGUCUGCCCCGCGAACUGGAACCCCGGCGACGAGACCAUCAAAGCGACCCCCGAGGGCAACAAGGCCUACCUCCAGAAGCUCCACAGCGACACCAAGAUGCACGACUCUGCCACGAAUGGCGCCUGAUUCCGCCCACCGGGCCUAAUCCCUGCGCACAUACUGCUUCGAUAGCCCGCGAGGUAGGUUGGAGCGAGGCAUAUAAAAGGAGCCCGCUGAAAUUGGAGGCUAGUUACAUGGCAUUCUCCACUUGCAUCUUUUCCUGCAUCGGCAUCGGCGAAGGAGUUCUCCGUUUUCGAGAGUUUGGUUUUCCCUAUCAAUACAUGGCUCGACGAUCCCGUCUAGACCCCCCACC